AUGCAAAAGAAGAAAAAGUUCCAAAAGAAAAUUUAUUUUUGUUCUCUCUUCAUUUGAUUUAUAUACCUUUCUUCAUCUACUUGUCAAUAUCACUGACUCUUCGUCCACUUUUUCGACAAAUCCCUAAUCUUUAUAUUAAGAUCAUGAAGAACAGCGAAGAACAAAUGAGGUCACUGUUUGGAAUAAGUCUUUCUGAUAAACCAAGAUGGCAACAAUUUCUUAUAUGUUCCUCUGGAUUCUUCUUCGGUUACCUUGUUAAUGGCGUCUGUGAGGAAUAUGUGUACAACCGGCUCAAAUUCAGUUAUGGAUGGUAUUUCACGUUUGUGCAAGGACUAGUGUACAUUGUAAUGAUUUACCUAAAUGGCUUCAACACAAAGCAAAUGGUGAAUCCAUGGAAGACUUACGUGAAGCUCUCUGCUGUUCUUAUGGGAUCUCAUGGUCUCACCAAAGGCUCAUUGGCUUAUCUCAAUUAGCCUGCUCAAAUCAUGUUCAAAUCCACUAAGGUUUUGCCGGUUAUGGUAAUGGGUGCAUUUAUACCGGGGUUAAGAAGAAGAUACCCGGUCCAUGAGUACAUAUCUGCUAUGCUACUUGUGAUCGGUUUAAUCUUAUUCACAUUAGCCGAUGCCCAUACCUCCCCUAACUUCAGCAUCAUUGGGGUUAUGAUGAUCUCAGGCGCACUCGUUAUGGAUGCCUUUCUUGGUAACUUGCAAGAAGCCAUCUUCACAUUGAAUCCUGACACAACACAAAUGGAGAUGUUGUUCUGUUCAACAGUAGUUGGUUUACCGUUUUUGAUUGCACCAAUGAUUCUUACCGGAGAGCUUUUCCGAGCUUGGACUUCAUGUGCUCAACAUCCGUAUGUGUAUGGAGUGUUGGUGUUCGAAGCCAUGGCUACAUUUGUGGGACAAGUCUCGGUUCUAUCCCUCAUUGCGCUCUUUGGCGCAGCAACAACCGCUAUGAUAACGACGGCGAGAAAAGCGGUAACGUUGCUUCUAUCUUACUUGAUAUUCACAAAGCCUUUAACGGAGCAGCACGGUACGGGAUUGUUACUCAUCUCUAUGGGCAUUAUUCUGAAGAUGGUUCCGGAUCCCAAUCCAAACCGGAAUCCGAAACUUUCGAAUUCGGGUCAAAAAACCCGGAAGUUGGAGCUGGUGAAGUCUGAGAAGGAAGGCGACGAAGAGAGUAGGCCUUUGGUCUAAUAAUCAAACAACGAGAAAUCGAGUUUAAACCAUUAGUUCUUGGUUCGUUUCUCAUUUUAUAUUUAUUUUAUCUUUUAAAUCUUUAUACAUUUUGGUGUUUGUA